AUGACUCGUGCUAGCCGCCCUGCCUUGGGGGGAGUGUUCUUGUUGUCGGAAGCCAGUCCGUCUUGCCUUCUCUUUAGGUUUUGCCGCGGUUUCUCCUCUUCCUGUCCGUUGACACGCCUUCUUCUCGUGUCCUGCUCUCUCUCACCCAACUCGGUCUCUUGCUCGCCCUCCUCUCACUCCCGCCGACGCUUUCUCAAGGUUGAGGGAUGUAGCACAGUCGUUGAAACAAGGUUGUCAAUUCCUCCCCACGUAGUCCUGUGCACAGAAGCGGCUGAGCGAACCUACUUGUAG